CGACUUUUGACAGAAAUCACAUGACAAUAUUGUGACCGUAGCAGAUUGAAGAUUAUUUUCGCAUCAUGCUUCGUUUGCUCACUUUUCUUCUUCUUGUUGCUGUUGUAUGCCUUGCGUCUUCUUCUUUUAAAAGAGUUGCUCGACUUUCCGAUCCUUUAGCUUACGGAGGGCUGGGAUGGGAACUUCAAGAACUGCAAGUCGAAGACUAUGUGAAAGGUUCCGUGUGGCCGAAACCCCAAGGAGAAACUCCUUCAGGUGCUGUGUAUAAGUUGGCGCCGGGGAAUUUUCAAUUCUCCAUAACUGGAGAGAGCAGUGACGUUCUUCAAGAAGCCGUCAAACGGUAUAAAGUGUUAACAUUUCCUGACAAUGUGAGCGAAUCGAAGAAGAAUUUUUCCCAAAUCACAAAGCUGACUGUCGAUGUGCUUAAAGAUUAUGAAAAUCUCACUCUGGAUUCGGACGAAUCUUAUAAACUUGAAGUGAAAGCUCCAACGUCCUCCCUUACUGCUGCUACUGUUUGGGGAGCACUGCGCGGCCUUGAAACAUUCAGUCAGAUUGUUCACCAAGAUCCAGAUGGCUUUUAUUUCGCUAAUGGGACACAGAUUGUGGACUAUCCACGUUUCCAUCACAGAGGAUUUAUGAUUGACACCUCCAGACACUAUUUGAAUCUCUCAGUUAUCUUUAAAUUCAUGGAUGCGAUGUCAUAUGGAAAGUUUAAUGUCCUCCACUGGCAUGUUGUGGACGAUCAGUCGUUUCCCUUUUCCAGCAAAACAUUUCCACAGUUGAGUGGAAUGGGUGCAUUUAACAACCAAACACAUAUUUAUACUGAAGAUGAUGUUAGCAAGAUCCUGGAGUAUGCAAGAAUGAGGGGCAUAAGAGUUGUACCUGAGUUUGACACACCUGGUCACACUUUUUCCUGGAGGAGUAUUCCUGACCUACUGACACCAUGCUAUAAAGAAGGGAAACCAUCAGGAUCCUACGGACCCAUUAACCCAAUUGUGGAGGCUAACUACAAUUUCCUGAAUAAGUUCUUUCAAGAGGUGGCAGAAAGAUUUCCAGACAAGUAUGUUCACCUGGGUGGUGAUGAAGUACCCUUUGGGUGUUGGCAAAGCAACCCUGAGAUUACUGAGUGGAUGACUAAAAUGGGCUAUGGCAAAAACUACUAUUUACUGGAGCAAUACUACGAACAGAAGCUUCUGAAGAUAGUAGGCAGUCUGGAGAAGGAUUACAUUGUCUGGCAAGAGGUGAUCGACAAUAACGUGCAAGUUCUGCCCAACACUGUAGUGAAUGUGUGGAAAAGCAGUCCGUCUUGGCCAUCUGAGAUGGCCAAAGUGACAGGCAAAGGAUUAAAGGCCAUUCUGUCGUCCUGUUGGUACUUGAACUAUAUUUCAUACGGAAUAGACUGGCAUAAGUAUUAUCAGUGUGAUCCUCAGAAUUUUAAAGGGACUGAGGCACAGAUGGAACUGGUUAUGGGUGGGACUGGAUGUAUGUGGGGAGAAUUUGUAGAUGGAACAAAUAUCUUGCCAAGAACUUGGCCCCGUGCACUUGCUAUUGCUGAGAGACUUUGGAGCAGCAAAUUAGUGACAGACCUGACUGAUGCUGAUAAUAGGCUUUGGGAACAUCGCUGCCGUUAUCUCAGGCGUGGUAUCCCUGCGGAGCCAGGAGUAGAGGCCAAGUAUUGCCGUCAUGAAUGGAAUGUCUGAAGACAAUGAUCACUGAGAAAAAGCUUUUUCAUUUUUUUUUGUAAUAGAUUUAUUUUCAUGUGAAAUAAGUUUAGUUGUAAGCAACCUGUAAUGGUUGAAAAAUAUCCAUGUUAAGUUCCUGCGCUUUUGUUCUUUGCCCUAGUUUUCAAAUAAAAAUAUUAAAGCUUGUCAAAACUAACCAGCACAUUGGUAGAUCCUAGUGGUCAGAAAUAUUUCUCAGUUUACAAGAUCUGGCAAAACCAAUAUCAAUUUGAUUACUUUGGAACUUCUGUGAGUUAAGGAUAGUUUGUUCAGGAAACCCUAUGAAAUACACAAUUUUCUUAUUGAAAAUUUAUUAGAAGUCAUGUCUGUCCUUGUGUUGCAAGGCAAGCAGGGAAGGCAGGUCACCCAAACUAAGUGAGGGAGACAAAUGAAGUUUUGGUUUUCAUUGAAGUGUUAGAAGCAUUAUGGAAAGUAGUCAAACACUUCUGUUAAUCUAAGACUGAGCUAAGAGGCAAAGUGAGGGAGACAAAUGAAGUUUUGGUUUUCAUUGAAGUUUUAGAAGCAUUAUGGAAAGUAAUCAAACACUUCUGUUAAUCUAAGACUGAGC